ACCUCUGAAGGAUUACAGGGAGAAAAGAGGAUUACGGUCCGAGUGCUGCAAGAGGGGAAGAUGGAUUUUAGUUCGGGAGAUCCUAUCUGCCUCAAACAAAUUGCUUAGGAGAGAGAGGAGAGUCGGUUUUUGUUUACAGAUGUGAAAGUUUCUCCCAUAUUAUUACAGCCGCAAACCUUAAUGUUGCAUCAGGAAGAUUUUAAUCCAUGAUUUUCAUCCAAAAAAGUCUGGCAACUGAUUGUGUCCAAGCCAUGUGUGGCAGAAAAUUACGACUCCUUGAACACACCGUCGUCAUGCGGAAGCAUGGCAGUGGCAGCAGCAUGAUGGUGGAAGUUCACCAGCGUUCAUGGGAGGAUAGAUGGAUGGAGCCAAGUUUAGGGAAAUCCUGGAAGAAAAGGUUUGAGACUUUGGGCUGAAGUUCAUCUUCCACCAACGUACAAGCAGAGCGACAAGCAAGUGGAUUAGAUCAGAUGAGAAUCUGUCACUGACAAUUUGAAUCCAAUAUGGCAGAGCUGGAGCCUUUUUACAUACAAGAGUAGGUAAAAGUUUAUUUUUGAGACAUCUAUAUGGCAGUUUAGAGAGAAAAUAAUAUGGGAUUCUACAACGUAUUCACUCCGUAUUUACUUGUACAAAGGAAUUUGGCCAGUCACAUAAAAUUUACUAAAGCCUGUGUCUGUAUUGUGCCAACAUGUGAAGAGGAAUGAAUACUUUUGCAAGGCGCUGUAUUUCUCAUGUGUUUGUGCUGGACAGACAUCACAUAUUUUCCUCCUUCUCCUCCCAGCCGAGGCUCCUCCUCUCCCACUGACUCCAGUUUUUCUAAUUGGAUAUCAUCACCAUUUCCUUUCAGUUUUUCCCAGCCACACUCUCAGGUCUGGAAAAGGACGUUUCAGUGGGAUUUUUUUAAAAUUCUCCCUCUUUAUCACACUAACACCAUCUGAAACAGCUGCCCCAAAGACUGCACUGCUUCCUGCCUCUACGGUGCAAUGACCUCACUCGGCCUGUUGCCCUUGUUAUGCUCCAUCAUCGUCCUACAAGUCUGUUUUUCCAGCCAGCUGGAGGACAACAAGAUCCCUCCCAGUCUGUGCACUGGUCACCCUGGCACCCCAGGCUCUCCUGGGAAUCAUGGCAAUCCCGGUCAGCCAGGGAGAGACGGAAGAGAUGGGAGGGAUGCCGCUCCGGGAGAGAAAGGCGAGAAGGGGGAGAGGGGAUAUCCAGGUGAGACAGGAGUGCGAGGCCUGACUGGAGACAAAGGCUACCAAGGAGAAAAAGGGGAGAGGGGCCAGCCAGGAGAGUGUGCAGUGGCCCCUAAAUCGGCUUUCAGUGCUAAACUGUCUCAGAGCCACACUUUACCCCUAAAUGUUGGGGACGCAGUCCUCUUUGACACAGUACUCUUCAACGAACAGGGGGACUACAACACAGAGACUGGACGCUUCACCUGCAAAGUCCCUGGCGUCUACUACUUUGCUGUCCACGCCACUGUUUACCGCGCCAGCCUGCAGUUUGACCUGAUGAAGAACGGACACGCCGUGGCAUCCUACUUCCAGUUUUAUGGUAACUGGCCCAAACCGGCAUCUCUGUCAGGCGGCUCCCUGCUUCACCUCAUCCCCAGCGACCAGGUGUGGGUCCAAAUGGCCCUUUCAGAAUACAAUGGGUUUUACUGCAGCACCAAGACUGACAGCACCUUCACUGGCUUCCUGGUCUACUCAGACUGGAAAAACUCUGCAGUUUUUGCAUGAGACGUGUGUAAAACACAAGCCACUCCCACAGUGGCAAACGAAAAACAACUUUAUUUUUACUUUUCCACCUUUUGUGGAUGAGAAGUUCUGUUUGAAGAAAAAUGAAUUGGAAGUGAAGCGUCCCGUCUUAUACGGCUGUAUAAGACUUAUUUCACUUGAACUGUAAAUACCGUAACGUACAGAUGAUGACAUUUAAUUUCACAUGCGUUUCCACACUGGCAUCUGGAAAGAUCCCGGCCUUAAAUUCAAAUAGCUUUCAUGCCAUCACUGCACUGCAUAUAAUGAAACAUUAAUAAAUCUGUAAACCACA